AUGCAGUCAGCUUUAACCUUGGAAAAUAAUGAAAAUCAUGCUUGUAAAUGGACAAACUGUACCUCUAUAUUUGACGACCCUGAACAGCUUUAUUUACACUUGACAAACGAUCAUGUUGGCAGAAAGUCAACAGGAAAUUUGUGUCUUGCAUGCCAUUGGGACAAAUGCGAUGUAAAAGUGAUAAAAAGAGAUCAUAUCACAAGUCAUCUUCGAGUGCAUGUGCCAUUAAAGCCACACAGAUGCCAUUUUUGUCCUAAAUCAUUUAAGCGCCCUCAAGACUUGAAAAAACAUGAAAAAAUCCACAGUGAACAACAUAUUUCACAGCUUCGAUCACAUCAUCGUGGAUCUCAUCCUCUGACUCCUCCCAACCAUACCAGCAGAGACGUUUCGCCUGUGCUAUCAGAAGGAAACUCAUCACAUCCCAUUUCACCACCACAAAGUAUCUAUUCUGACGGUAAGAGCCAUCUUUUGUUCACUACAUAUUUGUUUAUUAAUAUGACAGUAGACCUACAAAGCGAGAAUUGGAUGUACACAGAUAUCACUUCCAAUAUGGGAAUGCCUACUUAUCUCAAUAAUUUAUCUAUGAGCACAAAGACCCCAUACCAUGAUUAUCAGAACCCUGUUACUAUGCCACAAACUGUUGAUCAUAACGCAUAUGCUUCUCCAGAUUAUGUUUUACAAGACCUGUUUUUCCCUAUGGAAAUGGAAGCAAAAGCAACAACAUACAAUAUAGGUAAAUUUAUAUAUGUAUAUAUAUUUAUCCCUGCUUCAUCACCUAACACAUCUACAUACAGACAUAGCAAAUCGACUUGA